GAGCGAGACCUCCGCCCGCCUCCAUGACUUCCAGUGAGAUUGAGAUGCCCGGCGAGGUGAAGGCCGACCCCGCCGCCCUCAUGGCGUCCCUGCACCUCCUGCCGUCGCCCACGCCCAACCUGGAGAUCAAGUACACCAAGAUCUUUAUUAACAACGAGUGGCAGAACUCAGAGAGCGGCAGAGUGUUCCCUGUCUAUAAUCCAGCCACAGGAGAGCAGGUGUGUGAAGUUCAAGAAGCAGACAAGGCAGACAUAGACAAAGCAGUGCAGGCAGCCCGCCUGGCUUUCUCUCUUGGUUCAGUGUGGAGAAGGAUGGACGCUUCAGAAAGAGGACGUCUGUUGGAUAAGCUUGCAGACCUGGUGGAACGAGACAGGGCAGUCCUUGCAACCAUGGAAUCCCUAAAUGGUGGCAAACCGUUCCUGCAAGCUUUCUACGUGGAUUUGCAAGGCGUCAUCAAAACCCUUCGGUAUUAUGCAGGCUGGGCUGAUAAAAUUCACGGGAUGACCAUUCCUGUAGAUGGAGACUAUUUUACCUUUACAAGACACGAACCCAUUGGAGUGUGUGGACAGAUCAUCCCGUGGAACUUCCCCCUGCUGAUGUUUGCCUGGAAAGUUGCUCCAGCUCUGUGCUGUGGCAAUACAGUAGUUAUUAAGCCAGCAGAACAAACACCACUCAGCGCGCUCUACAUGGGAGCCCUCAUCAAGGAGGCUGGCUUUCCACCGGGAGUCAUCAAUAUUUUGCCAGGAUACGGGCCAACGGCCGGGGCAGCAAUAGCUUCUCACGUUGGCAUAGACAAGAUUGCGUUCACAGGGUCUACUGAGGUUGGAAAGCUUAUCCAAGAAGCAGCUGGAAGAAGUAAUUUGAAGCGAGUAACCCUGGAACUUGGAGGGAAAAGUCCCAAUAUUAUCUUUGCAGAUGCUGAUUUGGAUUAUGCUGUGGAGCAGGCUCACCAGGGUGUGUUCUUCAACCAAGGCCAGUGCUGCACUGCAGGGUCCCGCAUCUUUGUGGAGGAGUCCAUCUAUGAAGAGUUUGUGAGAAGAAGCGUAGAGCGAGCCAAGAGGCGCAUAGUGGGGAGUCCCUUUGACCCCACCACCGAGCAGGGACCCCAGAUUGAUAAGAAACAGUACAACAAGAUCCUGGAACUCAUCCAGAGUGGUGUGGCUGAGGGUGCCAAGCUUGAGUGCGGUGGCAAAGGGCUGGGCCGAAAGGGGUUUUUCAUCGAGCCCACGGUGUUUUCCAACGUCACCGACGACAUGCGGAUCGCCAAGGAGGAGAUCUUUGGCCCCGUUCAGGAGAUUCUGAGGUUUAAGACUAUGGAUGAAGUUAUCGAAAGAGCCAAUAACUCAGACUUUGGACUUGUAGCAGCUGUCUUUACUAACGACAUCAACAAGGCCCUCACAGUGUCCUCUGCGAUGCAAGCCGGGACCGUUUGGAUUAAUUGUUACAAUGCCUUAAAUGCCCAGAGCCCCUUUGGGGGAUUCAAGAUGUCUGGAAAUGGGAGAGAAAUGGGAGAAUUUGGUUUGCGAGAGUACUCAGAAGUGAAGACUGUGACGGUAAAGAUCCCCCAGAAGAACUCUUAAGAUGGCCAAGAAGGAAGGUGACGGCCAGCCUGCACGACUCACUCUCCCCCUGCUCUCCCUGUGGGGCCUAGCUCUCAGGAAUCCAAAGUUGAUACUCAGUCCUUAUUUAAAGAUUUAAUGACAACAGGUAGGCCAGGCCAGUUAUGCAUAACGAAAGCAAGCCAGCUGGGCGUGGUUUCUUGGCACUCGUGAGGGGUCACCUUGAUGCUACCAAAUACGGGGGAAGUGGGAUGAAGGCACCAGGAGUGGUAUCAGGCGCGUCCAGUAUUUCCUUCUGAGUGAGGGAGCUGUAUAGUUUGAUGCCUUUUGUCACAAAGGACUUUCCUCCUGAGGAAAGGUAGCCUUUCCCACUGCCUUCAUUUCCCCUCCCAGACCCUCCCUGCUCACCCACCCCUCCCGCCCCUCCAUAGAGAUCUCAGCUGAGCUCAUUUGGGGCAGAUGUUUGGGCCGGGAACAAUUUUCCAAAGUUUUGCAGCCAAAUUACCGUUUCAUGUUAUCCAUUUCUUCAAAGCAAAACAUGAAAUGGUUUUAGUUAGAGCCAGACCAGACUGAAAAUGCCAGGAGCUGGUACACUGCAGAUGUACUGAAGAGUAAGAACUGGGGCUAUUCCCAACCCGGUCUGGUUUUCUUACAUCCACUAAUAGCAGAGUGAAAGAUCAGGAGGAGGGAGCUCCAGGGAGCGUAACGUGGUGUUCUCAACCUCAGAGCUCACGGCAUGGUUUGGAGAGUGUGCUUGUGUGUGUACCUGUGUGGUGGGCGGAGGGGGGACAUUUAAUUCUUUCUUGGUUAUCCUGGAAUAAGGCAGGGGGUGGGUUGUUUUUCAUGGGUUGAUAAGAUCUUUCCCAAAGCUUAUCUUAAAAUCAACCAAAAAAUGAUCUGAGUAGGCUCGAGAAUUUGGAAAAAGGUAAUGCUGGGUGCCUUGCAGAAAUAAUUCCGUCUCCAGUACUGGCUAACGAUUCCUAUUAUGUGAAUUAUCUCUGCACUUGGAAUGGAUAGCUUCUUCUGCUCCCCAGUCCCCAGCGCAGAACACUUGUCAGUCCCAGCGCUAUGUGUGUUGCUUUGGUCUAUCAUGCCCUAAAUCUGCUGGCAGUAACCUUGUAAAACCUGGCCAGGCCCGGAGGUUUCUUUCUCCGUUUGCAGAGUUCCAGUGUGCCACGAUUACCACGCUCCCUCAGAGCUCCCCUUGUCACGCCCGUGGCUCGUCCACACAGCAUUCCUGCCCCCUCUCCUCUCAGCCGCACUCGCCUCUUCUGCUCUCCAGUGAAGGCACCAUUCGAUGUGGCAGUGUCAGCUUCCUUUCCUUUUCCCCUCUUUCCAGCUGCCAAAUCUAGUCCAUUCUCUAACCUAGACGAAGAUCAUUUAUUUAAAAGUACCAAACAUAACCUAGAGUAUAUGAAAUAUGGGCAGCACAUAUGUAGCCUUCUGUAUUUAAUGGUUUUCUGCUUUCUAACCAUACCGGUUCUCUAUUUAUAACCCUCGUCUGUUCAUGAUGUUCUAAAGAAACCUCUACUUGCUGUAACUGACAAACGACAGUGGCCGGACGCCUUGAGAGAUGCCACGUUUCUGAGUUCUUUCAUGUGAAUGUCAUGCUCUCCUCCUGUAGCCUGUGUCCAAGUGAACAUAUCCAUUAACCAGCUAGUUACCUUCAAACUGCAAUAUAGAAUGUGAAAAUGAAGAUUUAUUUCUUUUAAUUUACUUAAAAAGAAACCUGUGCUAGCAAUAAAGCAUUUAUAUUGUGUACUCUCGGGA